AAGGACCCUUGGGGCGGAGCCAGGACAGUCCAUCUCCAAUCAGUACUGGGUGUGGCUUCUCUAUGGCCCAUCAGGAGGAAGUAGGUGUGACUAGCUUGCUGGGAAAAGCCCCUCCUACCCCUCCCAGCCGCAAGUGUCUACAAGCAGCCUACAGCUGACUCUGCCACUGAACCUGUCAUGGUGUCUUGGGACAAGGCCCAUCUGGGCCCUAAGUACGUGGGCCUCUGGGACUUCAAGGCACGAACAGAAGAGGAACUGAGCUUUCAGGCAGGAGACCUUCUUCAUGUUACCAGGAAGGAAGAACAGUGGUGGUGGGCCACCCUACUGGAUUCGGAAGGCAAGGCCUUGGCUGAGGGCUACGUGCCCUACAAUUACCUGGCAGAGAAGGAAACGGUGGAGUCUGAGCCGUGGUUCUUUGGUUGUAUCUCCCGCUCAGAGGCCAAGCACAGGCUGCAGGCUGAGGACAACUCGACGGGAGCCUUCCUGGUCAGAGUCAGCCAGAAGCCAGGAGCAGACUAUGUCCUCUCUGUGCGGGACGAUCAGGCCGUGCGGCAUUACAGGAUUUGGAGGGGCAACGGGGGCCGGCUGCACCUGAAUGAGGCAGUGUCCUUCUUCAGCCUGUCUGAGCUUGUGGACUACCACAAGACCCAGAGCCUGUCCCACGGCCUGCAGCUGACCUUGCCCUGCUGGAAGCACAAAACUGAGCCCAUGCCCCACUGGGAUGACUGGGAGAGGCCGAGGGAGGAGUUCACACUCUGUAAGAAGCUGGGGGCCGGCUACUUUGGGGAGGUCUUCGAAGGGCUCUGGAAAGGCCAGGUCCGUGUGGCUGUGAAGGUGAUCUCUAGAGACAAUCUCCUGCACCAGCACACCUUCCAGUCUGAGAUCCAGGCCAUGAAGAAGCUGCGGCACAAACACAUCCUGUCGCUAUAUGCCGUGGCAACUGCAGGGGACCCUGUCUACAUCAUCACUGAGCUCAUGCCGAAGGGGAGCCUGCUGCAGCUACUGCGGGACUCUGAUGAGAAAGCCCUGCCUAUUUCGGAGCUAGUGGACUUUGCAUCACAGGUAGCCGAGGGCAUGUGCUACCUGGAAUCUCAGAAUUACAUCCACCGUGACCUGGCUGCUCGGAACGUUCUUGUUGCAGAGAAUAAUCUCUGCAAAGUCGGGGACUUCGGGCUAGCCAGGCUUGUCAAGGAGGACAUCUAUCUUUCCCACGACCACAAUAUCCCCUACAAGUGGACGGCACCCGAGGCACUCUCCCGAGGGCAUUACUCCAUCAAAUCUGACAUCUGGUCUUUUGGGAUUCUCCUUCAUGAAGUUUUCAGCAGGGGGCAGACGCCCUACCCAGGUAUGUCCAAUCACGAGGCCUUCCUGAGGGUGGACGCCGGCUAUCGCAUGCCCUGCCCUGUGGAGUGCCCACCCAACAUGUACAAGCUGAUGCUUGGCUGUUGGAGCCAGGACCCCAAGCAGAGACCCUGCUUCAAAGACCUGUGUGAGAAACUCUCAGGCAUCACCAGGUACGAGAACAUGGUCUGAGCUACUUGGACAUGGCCAAGACCCACUGAAGAGGGCCUCACCAUUUUCCUGGACCUCUAUUCAAGGCGUACACCGCCCUUCAGUUUACUGAGGUGAAGGGCUAAGGAAGAUACCAAACAUACCUUAAGUACUGCAUAUUGUCAAGGAAA